GAGCUCAUGUCACAGGCUGGAGGUUUUGGGGAAUAACCUCGAGGGGCAGCGAUGACACCAGUCUAGUCUGCCUCAGAGUGUUUGUCGCCAAUGGUCCGCAAAAACUAAUAUAUUACGGGGGUUUGUUUAACAUGCGCCGGCAAGAUGUGUCGCGAGUUAUCCGAUCUGAAAGAUACCACGGUACUUUUUACCUUUUGCGUUGAGCUGCGCCCAGACAGGCGCCAUGGGUCAGGUGCUAGGCCGCGCCCCGCUCCUGCCAGUGGCCCGGCAUUAUGUAAACGGUCUGCGAACCAGUGUCGAGAUCCCCCCCUCUCCGUUCGCCGACACACACGCGCGCGCGCCGACUCGUUACCUGCCGCAGUCCCAAGCGCGAGCGUGCACCACUUAUGGGAUGCGUUCAACGAUAUUGCAGAGGGCAUGGGCCUCACAUCCGAUGAAACUUGCGAGAUCUUGCGCGUUUGUCUCAAGGACGUACUUGGCUAUGCAGAGAAAAAGCUAGACGCACUCUCGCGAAGCCUUUUCGUCGCCCUCGAUGACGACCAAAACGAGCUCAUCGACGCUCUUGAAUUUCUAGCAGCGCUGGGUGCCCUUUCUGGCAUGUCACAAGAGCAGAAAAUUACCUUUAUUUUUGGUAUCUUUGACUUUGAUGAGUCGGGCGUGCUCACAGUAGACGAGACAAUCCUAGCGUUGCGAUCGACUCUCUCGGGACUUUGCAAACUAAGCGGCCUUGAGCUGCCCCCUGAGACGGAGAUCGAGCGCGUCGCUGUUGGCGCGUUUGCCGGCGUGCGUGACAUCGAGGGGUCGACGAUCAGCAAGAUAGACUUCGCAACAUACUGUACCAUAACACCCGAGAUAACGUCUUGGAUCGACUUCUACGGUGAUAUAUGCGAGACGGCAAAGCCGGCAGCUCCGCUCGGUGACAGGGCGGUCGAUCGGUUCAUUGAAGCACUGGCGGCACCGCCUGUACGCGAUAUGGGGCACCUCCUAGCGAAAGAUAUGGAAAGCGGUCCAACGAUGUUACUUGAGUUGGAGGAUGCGGCAGCAGCGGCACAGGCCGACGGCGUACCGCCAGUGGAGGUAACACGACCGCAACCGCCAUGGCUCGCAACCACAGCAUUUCUGGAGCCGACUGAUUGCCCGGCUGAAGUUGCGGCCUUACCCGCGGAGGGUCUGCAGCUCGAGCACCUCUUCGGCUUCAAUGCCCAGCGGCGUCAGCAUGCGUUCUACGCUGCACGCGGCGAGCUGGUCUACCCAGCGGGCACUGUCGGCGUUGUCCUAGACUGCGCCUCCGGUACACAACGACACGCUCAGCACCACGCAGAUUGUGUCGAGUGCUUACGUGUGCACCACGCCGAGGGGGACACAUGGGUUGCGACCGGCGAGCUGGGUGCGCGCCCGAAGGUCUUUGUAUGGUCCGCCACAACGCUCGACGUUCUGGCAAUAAUCCGCGGGGUGCACCGUGUUGGUGUGCUCCACGUCGCAUUUUCGGGCGACGGUGUCUUGUUGGCGACAGUCGGCGCGCCACACGAGGGCGUUGCCGAUCGUCCCGCUGCGCAGCUUGUGGCUAUAUACGACUGGCGCGCAACGCUUCUACUGUUUGCCGCCGAUGUUCCAGCAGCCACACUUGUUCUUGACGCGCGUUUCGUCCAUGGCCGUGACCUCGCUACCUGCGGCGUCAACCACGUCCAAUUCUGGCGCGUGCGCAUGGACGUCAGUGGCGCUGACGUAGCCCCUGGCGAUAAGGGGGACGCUAGUGAAGAAGCUGCCACCAAAAUUGACACGUUUCGCGCUGAGCGCGGCCUACUCUGCCGGAAAGCACCGCCGCAGCCCUUCCUAGCAGUCGCGGGCACCGGCGCGCACGUUGUAGUCGGCGCUGCAAGUGGCCACCUCCUGCUCUUCGUCGGCCGAACGUGUGUCCAGGCAAUCAAGGCACAUGCGGGCGCAGUUACAUCACUCCACACAGUCGAAAGCGGAGGUAUCCAAGGCCUGUGCUCGGCGUCGACUGACGGUCACAUCCAGCUCUGGACGGCAACUGCGGAUGGUCUCGAUGCUGGUUCAAGUAUCGACGCGGCUGCACUCGGCGCCCGCGAUCCAUGUGUGCUAGCAGUCUGCUGGGAUGCGACGCGGGAUCGCUUGGCAGUUACAACAGCCGGCGGCGAGAUCUUUGAGGCAGCGGCAACUGAUGGCCGCGCCUUGCACGACGGCCAGCCCGUUGCAGCCGGCCACGCAGAGCGGCGACUCUGCGGCCUGGCGCCGCACCCAUCACAGUCACACAUUGCGACAUGUGGCGACGACAAGGCCGUUGUCAUCUGGGACUGCGAGGCGAGACGACCAGUGCGGUCUUGUAUUCUUGACACAAUUGCACGGUGCUGUGCCUUCUCGCCUGACGGCAGACACCUGGCGGUGGGACUAGGCGGUGUCGACCGGCGCGGGCGCCGGCAGCGCAAGGACGGUGCGUUCGUCAUCCUGGACACAGCCACGCUGGGUGUCGUACACGAAGCACGGGACGCAAGACUGCCAUUGACCUGCUGUGCCUUCUCGCCUGACGGCCGCGCGCUCGCUUUUGGCGCGGACGACCGCGCACUCUACGUCUACGAUGCGGGUGAUUUUGCUGCAACGACAAAGUGCCGCGGUCACCGUGGCCGUGUGUGCCAUAUCGAUUGGAGUUCCGACGCGCAGCUCAUUCAGUCUUGCGACGACGCGGGUGAAUUACUCUUUUGGGAGGCCGAUUCGGGCGAGCCACGCGCGCCACGUCUUGUACGAGAUGCGGCAUGGGCAACGCAGUCGUGCAUAUUCGGCUGGCCGCUCCGUGGGUGCUGGGGCGAGGAUGGUAACGGCAGUGGCGGCAACCUGGCGCCGCUGACGGCCUGCGCGCGCCUACCGGCUGAUGCCGGCGGCCAUCUCACAGCGCGCGACCCGCGCAUGUCUCAUUACCGGGCUAAGUCACGUCUCGCAUCGCGUCGCAUCGCGUCGCAUCGCGUCGCAUCGGUCCAUUUGAUCCAGCCCUGAGGUCACGGAGAGAACUGGGGGCGGAAGGGGCGCGUGGGUGAUUCAAACUGCGCGACGUGGACCCGCAGGCUGCGGUUGAUGCGCAUGGUCGCGUGCGUCUCUGGCGGUACCCCGUCGCCGCUAAAGGCGCGGUCCCUCGCGACUCAUACGCGCAUGCAGCACCCGGGGGUUCCAUUGCCUGGUCAGCUGACGGCACGCGACUCUUCUCGACGUCGCGUGGCGACGGUUGUUUGGCUGUCUGGAGCCUGGAGGCAGACACGCUGCCACCAGAUGAGGCUACGGUGGCACCAGACGAUGACGGCGUCGACCGAUGCGAGUACGCAUGCGGCCGUGCUCUUGAUGGCGACCCCGCAGUCGAACGCGCAGCGCAAUUUGACCAGGGCGCGAUCUUUCGUAUGGAGGAAAAAGGGCGCGACGAGGACUACGCACCCCUACUCCCGUGGCAGCGAACAGUCGUCGCCCCGUCUCGGCCGCCAACCGAAGAUCUAAGCCUACCGUCAGACCGACUCGAGCUGGAGUGGGUUCAUGGUGCGCGAUGUCAUGACAUCCGUGGCGCAGUACGGUACACGGCUGCACGUGACGGCGCCCGCGAAAUUGUAUAUGCGGCGGCGCGCCUCUUGGUAUGCCUAGCGCCGGGACCCCGGGCGCAAAGGUAUUUCACUGAACAUCCGGCCGACGUCGUCGGCGUUGCUACGCACCCCGAGACCGGUGUUGUGGCGACAGGUGACGCGCGGGUGCGACCUGCCGUUAUGGUCUGGGACAUUGGGUCCUUGGCAUGUCGUGCGUGCCUCCGAGGGCACCAUCGGCGCGCAGUUCCCCUCCUGGCAUUUUCGCCGGCUCAAGGUGGUCGCUACCUGGCAACCGUCGGCUGCGAUGACCUUCAUCGCGCUGUCGUCUAUGACUGGGCUGUUGGAGCGGUCGCAGCCGUGACACCAACGCAUCAAGAGAAGCCAUUGGCGCUGGUGUUCAAUCGCGCAGGCGCGGGCUUCGGCGGUGGGGUUGGCUUUGCGCUCGGUGGCCGCGGCGUGCUGGCAGUGUGGACGUGCACAGGCCAAAGUGCGGCGCGUGAGCCCGUGCGCCUGGGUUCGCGUGGGUCCGUCCAAGCUACGCUCUGUCUGGCCUGGCAGGGGUCUAGCCUGGUGGCUGGCCAGGCAGAUGGAUCGCUAUAUCGCUUUUCCGGCCGUAUGCUUGACCGCGUGGUGACUGCGCACCAGGGCGCAGUUAACGACGUCUGCGCGGCAGUUGACGGUCUCUGCACUGGUGGCGCUGAUGGGCUUGUCAAGCUCUGGAAUCUUCAGCUCGAAUGUAUUCUAGAUGUGGACCUGGCGCUAUUGGGGUCUCUCGACGCCCACGUUCGUGCGGUAGACUGGGACAGCGACCGCGGCCGUGUCGCGGUCGGCACGCGUGGCGCCGAGGUCUGGGAGCUCGACGCGACAGAGGGACGGAGCCUCCACGCAGGCGGCGCGCUCUGUUGUGGCCACUUUGGCGGCCACUUUGGCGGUGAGCUUUGGGCACUCGAUGCGCAUCCAACGCUGCCGCAAUUCGCGACGGCUGGUGACGACCGCAUGCUGCGUAUUUGGUCUCUCUUUGACCGGCGUCAAGUCCGAUGUGCUCAGCUUGAGAUGAUGGCGCGAGCGCUGGCGUACGAUCCGGAGGGCCAGCGCUUUGCUGUCGGUUUCGGCGCACCUGUCCCAACAGCGACCAAGCAGUUUGACGGCAAGAUUGUGAUCAUGAGUGCGGACGACUUUGCCGUCGUACAUGAGGCGCGUGACUCGCAGAAACACAUCACCGAGCUCAAGUGCGCGCAGCGUGGGCCCCAAUUUCUUCGCUACCACAACCAACGGGUCUGUCGGUCGAUCCGAGACUGUUUCUCUGGGAAGGGGGGGGGGGGGGGGUCAACGCGCUUGGGGCUACAACAUUUCCGUUUCAAGGUACGCGCCUGGUGGUGACCUUCUGGCUGCCGGCUCACACGACCAUCGCAUGUACGUCUAUGCUGUAGACGGUGGUGCGCUACGCCUACAAAACAUGAUCACACAGCAUGACGCUGCGAUUUUGCGUGUUGACUUUUCAGCACCAGCGAAUGUGACAUACCUCCGGUCCAACUGCGCAGCUGGUGAGCUCUGCUUUUUCGAGGCUGACACGGGAAUGUUCAUUCCUGCCGCGUCGCGCCUCAAGGACGUCAAGUGGCAUUCGCUCACGUGUCCACUUGGCUGGGCGGUACAGGGGACACACGCUGCGCAGAAUGAUGGCUCGCGUGUGACAGCAGUCGACUGCCCACUGGCAAGUGCGCGACCGUCGCUUGCCGUGGGUGACAAUUUCGGUCGUGUGCGACUCCUGCGCUACCCAUGCACGUCGGCGCUUGCUAAGAGCAAGGCAUACCGCGGACAUGCGGCACCCGUGGCGGCAGUCCGCUGGACGGCCGGCGCGUCGCACCUAGUAACUGUGGGCGCGCGUGAUCGCGUAAUCUUACAGUGGGAGCACGUCGUCGACGAUAUUGCCGAGGAGGAGCGCGCGGCGCGUGCUGCCACGGCGGCGCCUGACGCCACCGACACGCCCGCGCCCGUCGGCGCUCCCAUGCCCGCCGGCAGGGCUGACGCGGCUGCCGAUGUGACCGCCGGGGCUCCCAUGCGGACGGUUGAUGCCCUUGCGGCAGACAUUGAUACGCUCGCAGACACGGUUGGAAACGACGACGAGGAUGAUGACGAAACGGAGGGAUCUGAUGACAACAGCCACAACACAGGAGUAGAUGCGGAUCCAGCUGAGGCGACGAGCAAGCCGUGGUUGCUCGCGUGCGUGCCACCGACGCGGGCGCCGCGCGCUGUUCUGGAGCCGCCUGAUGCUACACUCGCCGUUCGCUGGAUCCACGGCUGUCAGGCCGAGCUAUCACGAGGUGCAGUUGCAUACAACGGUGCAGGCAACAUAAUAUAUGCGUGCGGUCAUGUGUGCGUCAUAUAUGCGCGCGCGCCACACGCGCAGUGGUAUUACGCUGGUCACACACGCCUCGUCUCAGCGCUUGCUGCCUCGCCAUGCGGCCGAUUUGUCGCGUCGGGCGACCGCGCACGACGUGCACGCGUGCACAUCUGGGAUGCGCACGCAGGUGCAACAGUGGUCACGCUACCGCCGCGUCACCGAGGAGCAACGUGGGCCAUCGCAUUUGCGCCUGACAGUCGUCGACUGGCGUCCGUGGGCGCCGACAACGAUGGUUCGCUGGCAGUCUGGCGAAGCCUAUCCGGCGAGUGGCACGAUGGUGACUUGCUGGCGCUGGCUGCAGCUGGUGACAGGCCGGUUCGGUUUACGUGCUGGAUGACUGCUCGUGAUACUGGUGGUCUUGAGCUCGCGACUGGAGGUGACGGUCAUGCAUACUUCUGGCGCGUGGCUGGUGGCACGCUUGAUGCGGCCGAACCUCUCUGGGGCGCGGCAGAUCCGGCGCAGCGCCUACUCUGCGGCGCGGCGGUCGGUGACCGCGUGGUCACGGGCACGCGUGGAGGCCAUCUCUACGUGUGGAAGGACAGGUGCUGCGCCAAGGCCGUGCGCGCGCACGAGCGCGGCCUCGAGGCAAUCCACGCGGCAGGUCCAAACGGAAUGGCCGGCUUCGCGACUGGCGGCGCGGACGGUUUUGUCAAACUUUGGACCGCGCGCUGCGUCCAUGUCCGGACCUAUGACCUUACCGAGGCGCCUGCGCCGCCGCUCCGACCGGCGAUCGUAGCUGUCCACAUUGGUCUUGCGCGGGGCUCUGUCGCGUACUCGCCAGUGUACGCACGCGCGCGUGAAAACGGGAAAACAAAGAUACGCUAUCCGCAGGCGCAUUCUCGUACAGACGGCAGGCGCAGAGGUCUACGAAGUUGCAGCGGCAUCGGGCGCGGCAACGCUCAUCGCCGAGGGACACUACACUGGCGAGGCCUGGGCCCUCGCCACGAACCCGGCUGAUAGCGAGCUUUUCGCGACGGCAGGCGACGAUGCGACGGUCCGCGUCUGGAGCGUGUCGGCCGAUAAACUUGCGCGCAAGGCGGCGUUGGAUGCGCCCGUGAGGUGCCUCGCAUGGGCCCCCGAUGGAGCGACACUAUUGGCGGGGCUAGGCGGCAACGUCUCGGGUGCUCGGCACCCCAAGGAUGGCACAUUUGUCCUCCUUGACGUGGCCACCCUCCGCGUACGUGCAGAGGGUAGAGACUCGCGUCAUUGGAUUCGCUGUGCUGCCUUUUCGCCAACGGGCGAUGCGUUUGCACUGGGCUCUUCCGACCAGAAAGUCUAUAUCUACGACUCAGCGACUGCGCGGCUCCGUGCGCGGUGCCUCGCGCACAAUGCCCCCGUCGCACAGCUAGAUUGGUCUCUCGACGGCCGACAUGUGCAAUCGGACGCAACUGAUGGCGCGGCGUCUGCGCGGUCAUACAUCAAGACGCCAGCCGCCCAUUUAAUCUGCUUCUUCCCAUCCAUUGGGUUUCAAGGCGCCUGACGUGCCUUGUCCGCGCAGGUGAGCACCUCUAUCAUUUGGCAAGCGACGGCGCACCCGUGCGUCUACCUUCGCAGCUCCGCGAUGCUGCCUUCGAUAGCUGGACUUGCAUAUAUGGCUGGCCGGUUCAAGGCUGCUGGCCAGCGCUAUCAGGCGAUCUCGACCGUGACCGCACGGUUGACGUGGCGGCCGCAGACCGUGCGCGGACGACGCCGCUCCUGGCCAACGGUGAUACAGCCGGAACCGUGCGACUUGUCCGCUACCCCUGCGCCCAGCAGGCCCGUUCGCGCGCGUGCGCGUUCCACCACGUCGGACCGGUUGCCCGAGUCUGCUUUACUGCCGACGACUGUGCGCUCAUCACGAUUGGUCGUCAGGAUCGUGCGAUUGUUGUUUGGAAUGUCGAUGCCACAGCAACCGUGGCCAGAGGCAAAGAGGACUCCGACGAACCCCCCUUGGCGAAAUGAGCACACAUGUGGCUGCGCCCCCUGUCCGGGGCGCUGGCAGGUUGCUCUUCGCUCCCAUUAUUCCCAAUAUAUAUAAUAUUCGGGGCACGCUUCGUAGAGAGACGAGAGAGUAGGGCCCGGGAAGUGGCCCGGGGGUGUCGUCUUUGUCACUCCCCGGGCCCAGGUCAUUCGACCUGAGUCGCAUCAAAACAGAGCACCCCCGGAGCUGGGAGACUGAAAAUCCUCGCGUUCCCCCUUGUUUCCCAUUCCCCCGAAAUUACCAAAACUUGAAUGCGUAAAAUCAUUUAUUACGG